AUGGAGACCAUCACCUUUAGAGUAGGCGACCACGACACCCAGUCGAUACCCAAUAUUAGGUACCUUGGAGUAGUCUUGGAUGCCCGACUAAAAUACAAGGAGCAUAUAGCUAGCGUCAGCAGGAAGGCAUCAGCAUUCCAGGGCGCGUUUUCACGGAUUGUGUCCAACAUCGGAGGCCCCAGGCAAACCCGGAGACGACUACUGGCAACUGUAGUCAGCUCCGUCCUGCUGUAUGGAGCACCAGUGUGGGAAAAAUCGCUGGAGAUAACAUCAUACCGCAAGACAAUGUUAUCAGUCCAGCGGCUCUCAGCGAUCAGAGUGGCGUUAGCAUACCGAACGGUAUCACACGACGCGGUCAAUGUCGUUGCAUUAUGCCCGCCUAUUGACAUCUUGGCAGGAGAACGACAACGGCAACAUAGGAGGAAGAAGGAAGAGCAGCGGAAGGUCCUCUGCGACAAGCAGAGGCCUGAGAGUCUUCGACUCUAG